ACAGGGUAGCCAAUCCUCCGCCCAGCUAGGUAACCUGAGGGCAUAUGAUCCAGCCUCUCCUCAUCCCCUCCUCCUCCUUGGUGCUGUCGUCAUCAUUUCCAGCAAGAGUCCGGCCCCCUGAGACUCUGCGGGCUCAGAUUGGUCUACUGUAGACUCCAGGUGAAGGCGCGCGCAGUGGGGGUGGGGUCACAGGAUGGGCGGGGCCAUUAGAGCAGUUGAUUUGAAUGUGAUUUGCAUGUCCGGCCCCUGCCCGUGGUGCCGUUGGGUUCCCCCGGGACUCGCUGGUCCUAGACUGGGAUCACUAAGAAGCCACCUGGGGCCUCGAGUCACUGAACUGCCAUGUCUGAGAAUCUGGUGCCAGCCCCAGAACAGAACAGUCAUGAAAUCAAGGCUACUAAUCUUAGACAGUCAGAGAAGAAGUGCUCAUGGGCUUCCUACAUGACAAAUUCCCCAACCCUUAUCGUAAUGAUCGGCCUGCCAGCCCGGGGCAAGACCUAUGUAUCCAAGAAACUCACUCGAUACCUCAACUGGAUUGGGGUACCCACCAAGGUGUUUAAUCUCGGAGUAUAUCGACGUGAAGCCGUCAAAUCGUAUAAAUCCUAUGACUUCUUCCGCCAUGAUAAUGAAGAGGCCAUGAAGAUCCGAAAACAGUGUGCCCUGGUGGCCCUAGAGGAUGUUAAGGCCUAUUUGACUGAUGAUUGUGGUCAAAUUGCGGUAUUUGAUGCUACCAACACCACCCGGGAAAGGAGGGACAUGAUCUUGAACUUUGCCAAGGAGAAUGCCUUCAAGGUAUUCUUUGUGGAGUCUGUCUGUGAUGAUCCUGAUGUGAUUGCGGCCAACAUUCUGGAAGUGAAGGUAUCGAGCCCUGACUACCCAGAGAGGAACAGGGAGAAUGUGAUGGAGGACUUCUUGAAGAGAAUCGAGUGCUACAAAGUCACCUAUCGGCCUCUGGACCCUGACAACUAUGACAAGGACCUGUCCUUCAUCAAGGUGAUCAACGUGGGGCAGAGGUUCCUGGUGAACCGGGUACAAGACUACAUCCAGAGUAAGAUAGUAUACUACCUCAUGAACAUCCAUGUCCAGCCCCGAACCAUCUAUCUCUGUCGACAUGGAGAGAGUGAAUUCAACCUCUUAGGCAAAAUUGGGGGUGACUCUGGUCUCUCUCUCCGAGGAAAGCAGUUUUCUCAAGCACUAAGGAAGUUCCUGGAAGAACAGGAGAUCGUGGACCUCAAAGUGUGGACCAGUCAGCUAAAGAGAACCAUCCAGACUGCAGAGUCCCUCGGAGUGACUUAUGAGCAGUGGAAGAUACUGAAUGAGAUUGAUGCUGGUGUGUGUGAAGAAAUGACCUAUGAGGAGAUUGAGAAGCAGUACCCAGAAGAGUUUGCCCUCCGGGACCAAGAGAAGUAUUUGUAUCGUUACCCUGGAGGGGAGUCAUACCAGGACCUGGUGCAGCGGCUGGAGCCAGUCAUCAUGGAGUUAGAGCGCCAGGGCAAUGUGCUCGUCAUCGCCCACCAGGCUGUCAUGCGCUGCCUGCUGGCCUACUUCUUGGAUAAGAACGCAGAUGAGCUCCCAUACUUGAGGUGCCCACUCCACACCAUCUUCAAACUCACGCCUGUGGCCUAUGGGUGCAAAGUGGAAACGGUAAAGCUCAAUGUGGAAGCUGUGAACACUCACCGAGAGAAGCCAACUAACAACUUCCCCAAGAAUCAAACCCCUGUAAGGAUGAGAAGGAACAGCUUUACGCCUCUGUCCAGUUCGGAUACAAUAAAGCGCCCGAGAAAUUACAGUGUUGGGAGCCGGCCCCUCAAGCCCCUCAGCCCUCUCCGUGCCCUGGAUGCUCAAGAAGGGGCUGACCAGCCGAAGACCCAAGUCAGCGUUCCAGUGGUGUAACUGUGUGUGUUCUUCCCCAGACCCAGCCUCUUUCUCCCUUUCACUAAUCACCUAGGACUGACUUUUAACUUCCACAUCUUCAAUUAAUCCUAACCCACAGCAUGAGACUGGGUUUCUGAACCAGCCAACUUCAGUCAUUCCCAGAUCUGGUGUGACACAUCGCUCCACCCAGGUUUCUGCCUUGGUCAGAUUCUAAUGGGGUCUCUUGGGACAGGUAUUGUGUGGGCAUGAAUUAGGGGUAUGAGGGAGAAGAUUUGAUGUAGUCAAGGCUGAAAGAGACUGAUAAACACUUUCUAAACUUUCCCCUUUCCCAGCUUGUCAUUAAUGUGCUUUAUGGUUGUGUAGGGCAACCUAUUUUUUCUUGCUUUCUAAAUUCACUUAUCUGCUUUCUUCCCUCUUCUUCCCCUCAACUUUAGGACCCUUCAUUAGAUUAUCCCACUGUGCACCAUAGUGAUGAUGUAUGGAAGGAACAGAGAGGAGAUUGGGGAGGGAAACUGAGAUUCUGGUUGGGGGCUUAACGGGAAGGGACUGCUCCCUUCCUUCUCCUUCCACUCAACCUAGGCCUGGAGGGUCUUCCUGGCCCACUCCUCACCCAAGGACCCUUGCUGGAGUAUGUGAUACACAGGGUCCCCAGGCCUGGGAUCCCCACUUCCUUUCACAAAAAAAUGAUCCCCAGACCUUUCCCAUGGGGGGAGAGGCUGAGUUUUAUGCAUUUGGCAGAUCCCUUCCUUGGGUUUGCUUUUGAAUUCAAAAGGGAUGUUCUAAGGCUGCUGAUGUGUGUUGGGUGGGGGGUGGGGAGAUGGUCUGUAUUCUGCCCCAGGCUCUUCUAGGGGAGUCCUUACUGGGAAAGGUCUCUCUUUCCCACUGGCUCCCAGGCUUAUUGCCAACAGCAGCAGCUGCCCUGCCAAAGCCAGUGACCUCUUUGGGCCGAUUAGAAGGACAGAACUAGAGUCUGGAACUACCCGAUGUGUUGAAUGUUCCAACUCUCAGAGGCAAAAACAUCUGAUAAAGCCACUAAAUCCUUCCCCUGUCCUGGAGUAAAUCCUGGGAUACACUGAGUUAAUCAUUCAUUAAGAAAAAUGGCUAUUCUCAUGCAUAUAAUACAUUAGAAAAAUUCUCCCCUCCCACCCCUUUUUUUGUUUCCCACCCCCCAAGUUAAAAAAAAGCAUGGUGGCUUUGCUGCCUCUCCCUGGGAUAGGGCCUCCCAUCCCUGAUUUAAUAUCACACCCAUCAGGACCCAAUGGAAUGCUUAAAGGCAUCUGGGCAUCACAAUUCCAAGUUUCAUCCUUAACAUCCUCUGGGUUUGGGGCUUCACCUAUUAGCCUUGAGGAAGCUGCUUCUGCUACCCAUUUGGCUACAUCUCCUUCCUCAGCUCAAGACUUAAAUUGCUUAUAGCCUAAUUUGCAUCUUUUUUGUGCUUCUUUUCUUCAUAACUUCUAAGAUUGUAUUUAUGUAGGAUCCCUGGAACUCCAGUUUUCUUUCCAAGUCCUUUUUCAUUUGGGAAGUAGGUGACCUUCAUGUAUUUGGCAGAUCUCUUGGUCUAAGGCUGGUACAUCCCAGAACCCUUCUAGGAAGCUCCCAGAGAACGUCAGUCAGAGCAUUUUUGUUCUUUCUUCAUAGGAAGUAUUUGUUAGGGAAGAGACUGCUAAAGCAAAUUUUCUGUAGUCAGCUUAGUUUUUCUUUGGGCAGCUUCUUGUGUUAGUCACAUGGAAAGGCAAUUGAAUGGUAAAUGCUUGGGCUAAGCAGCCAGCUUAGGAGCCCUGGACUCUCAUUGGUUCUUUAUUAGUCAAUCAGUCCUCACACAUUUAUUAAGGGCUUGUUAUUUUCCAGGCACUGUGCUAAGCUCUGGUGAUACAAGGAAAGGAAAAACAAAAACCCCAACACAGUUCCUGCCCUCAAGGAGCUUAUAUUCUAAUGUUGGUCUGAAUGGUUCAAAACUCUAGACAGAAUGUAGACUUAUUUUGUUUGGAUGAAGAGAUGCCAGGCUUGGGAGAGGUUACACCAGUACUUCAGUGUGGAGAGAGGUUAGGAGAUCUGGCUUCUAGUCCUAGUUCAGUAUCUUUAUGACCUAGAGUAAAUACAGUACCUCUUAGUGCCUUUAUUGACUCCAUCGUAAAAUGAAGAGAAUUAUUGCUGUUCCACUGUAAAAGCUCUACAAUACUGGAUUUCUUGGAUAAAUAGCUGGUGCUUCUGAAUCCCAGAGAUGCUAGAAAAGGGGAGCAGAUGAAACCUGGCCAUCAGAGCUGAAACUUCAAGCAGGGAUUCUUGAAAUUUAUGUUCUUUGUUCUUACUUCCCAGGUAGGUGUGGCAGUCACCAGUUUCUAGGCUCAAACUUGUUUGUUCCCUUUUGAAGCACAUUCCAUUCUGGGGUCAGACUUAAGAUAAGUUGAGAUUUCUUUUUGGCCAGCUAACAGUAAGCACUGAGGACAGAGACAUGGUGGCCAGGUGCUAUGUUGAGUUUAGGGCUUCCCUCUUUCUCGUGUCCUGUCUCCUCAUUAAAGAACUCUGACUAGAAUGGAUUGCAUAUCCACAAAGCAUCCUAAAAGGUGUAAAUGAGUAGAGUAUCAGUGCUGAGUUUGUGGGCUGGAGGAUUGUUAAAAUGUAGUGCAGAGAAUUCUCCUGCAUCCCCCUUCCCCAUCACUCCCUACUUUACUGUACUCCACAUACAUGAUAACUACCUUGACUUUGGUACUGAAGUUAUAAAGUGCUCUGCAGAGAACUGGUGGUGGGGUUUAUUUGUGACAGCUUGACUCAAAUAGGUAUGGUUUUGGUUUUUGCCAGCUUGAAAGCUUUGGCCUGGAGAGGUAUUAUCCUGAUGGCCCAUUGCGGGUAAGAGAAUGGAGCAAUUAGUUUUUGAAAACUAGCAUAAGAGAAUGAGACUUUUUGCCCUGUUGGAGUUUUUGGAUAGGAGAGGAAUCUGCAAGGCUUGGGCUACUCCAUGUCCAUGUCUUGCUCUUGAUAAGAUUUACCUUAAAGAAAGAAUAUGACAACCCCACCAAACUAAGGGAGCUGAAAUCUAAGCUCUCCCAGCCUUGGAGCCAGAGAGGACCUGGCCUUUUAUUUCAUUCUUCCAGAGUGCCUUCCUGAUUCAGCCUCUUCCAUGAAGGAUUUUUGAGAGUCUCUUUUUCUCCUUUCUACCUCUUCUUCCAUUUCCUUCUGUAUAGCUUUCUGAAUAAUCUGAGUCUAGUGUUGAAGUCCUAAGAAGCAUUAGUGAGAUGGGGGAACUUAAAGGACCUUCUCUGAAACAAUGACUGCUGACCCUGCCCAAGAGCAUUUAGAAAAAAAUAAAUAUCUCUGUCUUUGUUUUUCUCUUUCAGUUUCUCUCUUUACUCCUACCCUCCCUACCCAUCUUCAUCUCUCUUUUUUAUCUGUCUUCUAGUGUUAAAUGAGAAAGAAAAAAAUGUUUUCUGUUACUAUUUCCUUUUUUUCCCUUUUGAGAAUAGAAAGUCUCUUCCUUUGCAUUUCCCUGUUUUCCUCCUUCCCUUAAUUGGAACCUAGUUCCAUAUAUUAACCUCAAAUUCUUCAAUCCCAUUCUUACUGGAAACAGCAUAGCGAAAACUUUUCAGGAGCAUACAGGAGACGUAAACCAUCUAAUCUAACAUACACUCAUUAAGCACUUACUGUGUUCUAGGCACUAUGUGUUAGACUCUAGUGAACUAGGCAAAAACCCAGUUCCUUACCCUCAAGGGACUUCUAUUCCACUGCAGGAGUUUGCAUUCCACUGCUGCAGUCAUUCCAUGUCUCCUUUUUGGGAGUAGGAUCUGGGGAUUGAAUGUCUCUGCCUGCCUUUCCAGAUUAGAAAUACUUUGCACUUUAACUGUGGCUCCAGGGUCCCCAUUUGUUGCCCUUAUUUAGACAUUAUAGACAAUGACAUUUUGAAGAGCUAUGUGACCCAGAUAUUUGGCAAUAAAUGUGCCUUGUGGCUUCUCUAAAAGUCUAUUUGUCCAAGGGAAGAGUGCCCAGAUGCAAGAGAGGUAUCUGGAUUAUGUUGAGUAAUGUUGGCUCCCUGGGGCUUUGCCAGGACCAAGAGAAAGAGAGCAAGCCAAGUCCUCUAUUGUAACCAAGAUGGCAGCAAACUUACCAGCUUUUCCAAUGUAUCUUUUAACUUGGUUAGAUUUUUAAUUUUAAGUAUUUGAACAUUUUUAAAAUAUUUUUUAACAUUUAAGCAAUGUUGCUUAAAACCAUCAUCUAUAAACAGGGUCUACUCUUCUCCCCCUCCCAACUCCAGUAAAUGAUUUAGUUGUUCUUUUUUCAGUCAUUUUUCAGUCAUGUCUAACUCUUGGUGACCCCAGUUGGGGUUUUCUUGGCAAAGAUGAUGGAGUGGUUUGCCAUUUCCUUCUUCAGCUCAUUUUACAGAUAAGGAAAGAGGCAAACAAGGUUAAAUGUCUUGGCCAAGGCCAUAUAGCACAUAAGUGUCUGAGGCCAGGUUUAAACUCAAGGAAGAUAGGUCUUCCUGAUUCCAGGCCCAACACUCUCCAUGGUGCCACCUUAACUGCCCUAUCUAGACACCAGAUGUUUGUACGAGAGGAAUGUAAUCUAAACUCUCUGAUCAUAGGACUAUCCAGCAAAGCUGCCUUUGGGUUUUUUUUUUUUUUUCAGAAGAAAAAAAUAGUUGUCUCAUAUCUCUGUGCCUAGCUUUCAACCUUGUCCUAUCUGGUGACUUGAACUGAUUGUUAUUGUGGUUGAGUUAUAGUGUGGCUUCCAUAUUAUAUGGGCCCUAUUGAACAAAACAGAACUCUUAUUUUCUACUGAGAGGGUAGAGGUGGCUAGUUGUAUACAAUUUAGAAGGUUAUUUUUCUUAUGGACUCAGUGGCAGCUAAAUUCUCAUCCAUUUUAAAAGGUGAGAUUACAUUUCAGUUGUAUAGUUUGUGCAUCCACAGAGGGAUUUUGAAGGAGGAUGCAUGAGGUAGGUCUGAAGUUGUUACCUCCAAAAUCCAAGGGCUGGAUAGGGACCUUGAGGGAGGUCAUCUAAUCGAAUUCUUUGUCCUUAGGCAGGACCACAGGUCAGCAUUGAUUUCUGACCCUAACUUGUACUCAUCCAUUAUUUUUGAAUUAGCUAUAGGGAGCCAUUCAGUUCUCUUGUACAGAAUUUCUGUCAUGUGGGGCAAUAUGUAGGAGGAUAGUCUGCAUUUUCAAGUAGGCUUCUUUGAAUGGUAGAACCUUCCAAAGCGUCGAAUUGGCUCCAGUGAUCUAUAUCCACUGUCUACUGACUUGUCAAUGGCUUUGUAUCUGACUUUCAGUUGUUCAUUUUACCAUGUUGAAACAGGUAACUGGGCCACUCAUCCCAGUGCCUUAGGUUUUGCAGCCAUGAUUAUCUAGCAGAAUUUUAGGAAAACUUAGCACUAAUUACGUAACACUAAUUACGUAGGCAAAUCACAGAAGGAUUUCAUCACUCUCUACAGUGGGGGGAGGUCAGAAAAGGAUCCGUGUAUGACCCGUUAAAUGGCAGCCCGCCUAGGAGUGGUCUGCAUUGGAGAAGGCUGUAUAGUCUUGCAAAGAAGGACAUUACCUCAAAUAGCAUGAUAUUUGCUCCGUGACCGAUUUCUCGAUAUGGCACUUAUUAGAUCCACGAGAGAUGUGUAGAACUGUAAUUGAAAUGUAUGCAUGUUGAUUUUGUUCUUUUAUUUGUUGAAUAGGUAAAUAAAAUUGUUAAAUACCUUGCAACUCUC